UUUUUUUUUCCUCCCUCGUUUUAGAUACAUUCAACAUUAUAAAAUGGAAGAGCAUUUUCCUGUUAAUCCCGGAAAUGUUCCUCCACCUUCACAAUCAACUAAUUUACUGAUUCAUCAACUUAAUCAUACAACAUUUCAAACUUCGAAAAGACGCACUAAUAAAAAGUCAAAGGAGACUAUAACUUCAAAAUUAAAACUAGAGCGAAUUUUGGGGCUAACAACCACAUCAUCUAAUAUUUUAGCUACAUCAAACGAUUUGAUAGCUUAUGCAGCAGGUGCUGUUGUCGUUAUCUAUAAUCAUAAACGUAAUAAACAAGUUGCAUUUCUAUAUCCUCCACCUAUUUCUCAAUCAACAUUAACAAACAAUACAAAUAAUGGGAACAGUAACAUAAUAAAUACCACAGUGAAUAACACGAUUCAACAAAUGAAUAUCCCUAUCUCUACUAUUGGAGGAAAUAUUACUACAAAUAACAUGUUAAACAAUGAAAUCAUGAUAGCAUCACAAAAUAAAUCUAAUAAUCAGGAUGAAAAAAAGUCUACUACACCAGCUAGCAUUCGCGCAAAACCAAUUAGUUGUUUAACUUUCUCUACUGAUGGUCGUUAUCUUGCUGCAGGAGAAAUGGGUCAUCAACCUCGAAUUUUUAUCUGGGAUGUAAAAGAAAAAAAUUUAAUUAGAGAGUUCAGAUCACACAAGUUCGGUGUCCUUACUUUGGCAUUUUCUCCGAACAAACGAUAUUUAGUUUCAAUUGGUUUCCAGCAUGAUGGUUAUUUAUACGUUUGGGAUUGGAAAAAAGGUACAAAAAUAGCCGGUAAUAAGGUCACAAGUCGGGUCAAUGCUGUAUCAUUUUCUCAAGAUGGAUCCUAUUUUGUCACUGCUGGAUUAAGACACGUUAAAUUUUGGUAUUUAAAUAAGUCCUCAAAGGGAAACAUAUCAUCAAGAGAAACCCAAGUAUUGGAUGGUAGAUCAGGAAUAUUAGGUGUUUUACGUGAUGGAAAUUUUGUUAAUGUUACCUGUGAUAAAUCAAGUAAUACAGGUUACACUUACUUUAUCACUGACACUGGUAUUCUGUGUACCUUCAAAGAAGGAAGAGUAUUGGAUAAAUGGGUUGAUCUUCAGGUUAAAAGUGCUUACUCAAUUGCUAUAUCAGAGAAUUAUAUCAUAUGUUCUUGCUCAGAAGGAAUUGUUCGUCUAUUUGAGCCUGUUACGCUAAAAUAUGUAGGUAUACUACCAAAGCCUCAUCCUUUAGGUAUUGAUAUUAGUUCAAUUACAUCACCAGAAAUGAUUAUGCGCACAGAGGCAGUAACUCAUUAUUAUCCUGAUGCUCUUGCUAUGGCCUAUGAUGAUUAUAAAGUGAUUAUUACCUAUUCAGACAGAAGUCUUUAUGUUUGGGAUAUACAUGAUUUAGAAAAAAUUGGGAAAUACAGAAGUUUUAUAUUUCAUAGUGAUUGUGUAUGGGGUGUAGAGGCUUAUCCUAGAACUGAGUCGUCUGAAGAAAUCCUUCAAAAUUCUUUUGCCACAUUUUCAGCUGAUGGAACAAUUCGUUUUUGGAAUCUUGAUAAUUUUGUUCAUACCACUUCAUCCACUUCAUCCACAUUACCAUCAGCAGAGAAUCUUACUCAGCCUAUUUCCUCUAAUAGUAGCACCAGUACAAAUACAACAAAUUCGCAACGAAGAAACAUUUAUUCUAGGGAGUUAAUUAAGAUGCUUUAUGUUGAUCCAGAUGCUGCUGAAUUUGCUAAACUAAAAGGGGAUAUCGAUUUUACUGCUGAGGAUCAAUGCCCUGAUUUUGGUAUUCGAUCAUUAAAAAUAAGUUCUGAUGGUCAACUGAUGGCAAGUGGAGAUCGAAAUGGCAAUUUGAGAGUAUAUAAUAUGAAUAAUUGGGAAAUACUCACUUAUUUAGAAGCCCAUGAUUCUGAAAUUUUAUCUAUUGAUAUAACGACAUCAAAAGAAAAAGAUGCUCCAAAUUUAAUUGCUACCGCAAGCAGAGAUCGACUACUGCACAUUUUCGAUAUUAAAUCCAACUUUCAAAUCGUUCAAAGCCUAGACGAUCAUUCAUCUUCUAUUACAGCAGUCAAGUUUUCGAAGGAUGCAACCAAACUAAUUAGUUGUAGUGCGGAUAAAAGCAUCAUUUUCCGUCAUUGUACAAAUCCUCCCCUCACGACGAAUAGCGAUCUGAACACUAUACCACAACCUUAUUCAACUUAUCAUAAUUAUUCCGGAAGGAGUACGGUAUUUGAUAUGGCUUUAGAUAUCAAUGGAAAGCAUCUGGCUGCUGUCACAGGAGAACGUAAAUUGUAUGCCUUGAGUCUGGAUUCUGGUAAACCGUUUCGGGUUUGUAAACCGGAAACAGCAGAGGAAAUUUUGAUUGGCAAAGUAUCAGAAAACUCAGGUGGUAGUCUGAUCAACAUUGACCUCGACCCAUUUUCAGGAACAUUCGCAGUUACGAGUGGAUCUGAUCGUUGCAUUCGAUUAUUUGACUUGGUCAACAAUACUUGCAUCGAAAAGGUGUGUGCUCAUGCAGAACUCAUUACAGGGGUUAAAUUUAUUUAUGCUCCUGUUAAUCAUGAUACCACGGGGCAAGAUGAUUUGCGAGUUGUCAGUACCUGUUCAGAUAGUACAAUUUUCAUUUGGAGGGUAAGUUGUGAGAUCGUUGCGAAGAUGCGCGCUAGAGGAGCUGAACGUGAUUUAAAAUCGAGACAAAGGAAUUGUGUAGUGGAUGAAGACGCUAUGGAUCAUAUUAUAAAUAAGCAAAUGAUAUCACCAUCUGGUGGUAUUCCUUCAGUUCAUAAAAAUAAAAGACUUGGACGUAUAUCGAUAACUACAAACACUAUUUGUCCUUCAGCUAGUCUAUCUCAAAUGGUUCGUCAGGGGGAUCGUAAUACGUUCUCUACCAUGUCCCCAGCAGAGCAUAAAUAUGAUGAAUUGUAUAAAAAAAUUGCUUCUGGGUCUCGUAAAAAAAAGCUAGUAGAGAUUGACGAGAACAAUAGUAAUACAGACUCUUCUACUCAUCUCAUCAAUAAUAAUAAAUUCUUUAAUAAGCCAUUGUCUUUUAAAAAGGAGAACCGAAUGUCUAAUACACAAACAACAUUACUAGAUAAUAAUGGCAGGAAAUCACCACCAGAUAAUAGGUCAGGAAGAUUAGAUCGACUCUAUAAUGGUCUCCCCACAAGUAAUAGUCCUCGAGAAAGAACGUUGAACCAAGUCAGUCAUCUAUCUCUUCAACAACGUCUUCAACAAUCUUCAGGACCCAGUAUAAUAACAGGAAGAGUGAAAAGCAAUCGUAUCUUAAGACACGCUCUAUCUAGAGAUGCAAUCAUAAAGAAGGAACAACCUGAGUUGUUCAAAAGGCCCUCUACUACUGUAUAUAAACAAGAGCCUAUUCUAAAUGAUAGCCAUGUUGUUAAUAGUAACCUACCCGUUGUUAAAAGUGAGAAACGAAGAGUAAGUGCCCCUCAAAUUGAAGUUUCAACUCUUGAUGACCAAGAUACUUGCGAAGAAGAAGAAGAAGUGACAAACACAGAUCAUACUACUUCUAAAAGCUUCAUUGAAGAAGGAUCUGAUAGUGAUACUGACUUUGAUACAAGUAAAGAUGGAGAAGAAGAGAAAGAGGAUGAUGAUGAUAAUGAAGAAGAAAUUAUUUUUACACCUGAGCAAGACAAAAUGAUUAAGCCAUUUGAAGUAUCGUUACAUGAAGGAAUUUCUUCUUCAACGGGUGAUGAAGAAGAGCAACAUGCUUCUGCUUUAUUAGAUAAUGAAGCAAAUGGUACAUCAAACAAUGAUGAAGAAGGAUCAAACAGUGAAGAUAAUAUAGAUGAUGUAAUCAAUCGUAAUAUCGUAGCUCGUGAACCACCACCGAUUUCAAUAUCUCUGAGUCGAACUCAAAGUUAUGCAUCUAUAAAUAAGAGUAGACGUCGACAUACAAUCCUAUUUGAUUGUCAUAAAAAUGACCAACAAUUACAUGAUUCACCUUCUUCCUCUUCCUCUUCUCCUCUAUAUAAGAAGAAUGGGGGGUAUGAACGAUCUCCUAUUGACGAUGAAGCCUUUUCGCUAUCGAACAAUACACUUAAAGAAAUUCAAAAGAAAAUGCAAAGGGCGUCAAAAAGACAAAGUGUUACAUCACGUUUCUUGUCUUCACUUGGAGGAGGAGUGAUGAUCAAGUCAGUAGAUGAACGUUUAUCUCCGAAUCAACAAAGACCCUCUUUGAAUUAUGUAUUAAAUUCAUUUCAAGAAUUAUCUCCUAAAAGGGAUGCUUUAUCGCUGCCAUUAGACGACGACGAUUCUUUGAUUCAAAAGCUAAAAACAACCAGUAUAGACGAGACGAAACAAGCAAAAGAUGAAUCCAGCCAUCACGAGCAACAACUGUCCUCGAAGAAACAAAUUGGUGAUGAUGAUAAUGAUGAUGAUGAAUCAGAUAAUAAAUUAGAAGGUGCACUUGCUAAUCUUGACAGUGCUUUUAUAUUAUUAGAAAAUGUUUUACAGGUCUAUUCUCUAUCAAAGAAGAACAAUACUACUGAAGUGGCGGCCAAGAUAGAGACCAAAUUAAAUAACAUUGUUGAUAAAAUAACACAGUCUUUACAGCAAGAGCCAAAAACAAAAGAGAAUCCUACAUUGGCAUCUGAAACAGCAUUACUGCUUGAAAAAUAUUCUAAUUUACUAGUAAACAUGGUAGAAAAUAAGUUGAACGACAAAACCACGUUAUAGCUUCUUACACAAUCCCCCUCCCCCUUUUUUUUUUGUCAAACAGAG